UCUCAUGCACACUCAUGCAGAGAAGACUUUGGAUUUCAGCUCAGAGGAAACAUGAUCGAGUUGAGAAGCUUUGGCGCGUUGAUCUGGAUCUUUGCAGCUCUGACAACAACUGGAGCAGUCUUUUUGAAGGAAAGAGAGUGGAUGAGAAGUUCUUCCCUCUCUUCCUCCUCUUCCUCUUCCUCCUCCACCUCCUCUUCGUCUUCAUACUCCUCCUCAUUUGAGAGUUCAGGUAGAACUUGUCUGAACGGAGGAACCUCUGUCCCAUCACUGACCAGUGGGGAACACAUGUUCUGUCUGUGUGCUGAUGGUUUCGAGGGAAGACGCUGUGAAACAGUGGAAGGUCGUCAGUGCUACGACGGAGUGGGACUGUACUACAGAGGACGAGUGUCCCAGUCCCAGAGUGGACGGACAUGUGAGGAGUGGGAUUCAGAAACCAGAGAGAGAUUCAUGGCAUCAGACGUCAAAGCAGGAAGACACAACUACUGCAGAAAUCUUAACCUCAGAAGACGUCCUUGGUGUCAUGUUCGGAAGAACCAUCAGCUGCGGCGGGAGUAUUGUGAUAUUCCACGUUGUAGCUCAGAGUCACUUCCAGCUUCACCUUCACCAGGAUCCACAGAUCUGCCAGCUGCAGAAUGCGGCCGGCGCACCAGACCAAAGCAAACCAAGAUCGUGGGCGGAACAGUUGCCACAUUGGAGUCACACCCGUGGGUCGCUGCCAUCUUCCAUCGCAGCACAUCCAAGGAGAAGGUUUUCCGCUGCGGGGGGAGUCUGAUCUCCGCCUGCUGGGUCCUCACGGCCGCCCACUGCUUCCCCGACGGCUCUCAAACCAAAGAGCGGCGCUUCUCCGUCGCUCUGGGGAAGAACGCCCUGAACCAGAGUGACCCGACAGAGCAGACGUUCAGAGUGGAGAAGAUCAUCGUCCAUGAAGACUUCGACAACAGUGAGGGCAGCUUCAACCACGACAUCGCGCUGGUGAAGCUGAGGCCUCGAGGAGGUCAGUGCGCGGUGGAGAGCAACAUGGUGAAGCUCGUCUGUCUGCCGCCGCCUCUGCAGAACCUCCAGCCCGGUGUCACCUGUGAGAUCGCCGGAUACGGGAAAGAGAGUCACGGGCUGUGGUACCGGUCUCAGCUCCUCCGGGAGGCUCAGGUGAACGUCUUCUCCGACGCCGUGUGUCGACACCGGGACUAUUAUGAAAACAUGAUCACCGACAACAUGUUUUGUGCCGGUCGACCCGACUGGAGCCAGGACGCCUGCGAGGGAGACUCGGGCGGGCCACUGGUGUGCGAGGUCGACCACCGGCUCUUUCUGUUCGGGGUCAUCAGCUGGGGCGACGGCUGCGCCAAGGAGUUCCGACCCGGCGUCUACACCCGAGUGACCAACUACAACGGGUGGAUCGAGGAGAAGACGGGCCUGACCUGGUUCCCUCAGGAGUUUCCAACAGACUCAAGUGUUUACCUGGAAAAGUCCGCUGCUUGAAACCGUCCCUGAGAAACAAAUCCAGGGAUUAAAGUUCCUCUCGCUGCGAAGCUGUUAUGACGAAUUAGAUAAGUGUAAAUAAAACGUGAUUUUUAACUCGAGACACAAAACCCAAACUGACUUCCUGCUUCUCGUGAGUUGUCAGGUCAUGUCAUACCCUUCCCACGUCAAUAGGUGGCGGUAGUGAGUUCACUGUGGUGUUUGUGAAUGUGGACCACAGACAGUGAGUAAAGAUGGACGACAUGACAGCUCCCGAAACCAGAACAUCUCAAUCUGGAGUUUAGGUCAUAAACCGCCUCCUCCAUGUUAGUACAAGAGAAAUGGAGCUUUUCUCCAACUUCAAGUGUUUUUACUACAUUUCAUAUUCACCCAUUCACAAUCAAGUUCUAUAUAUAUGUAAAUGUUUAUAAGCGUCACACAGAUAAGCUGUAAGGAGUAAUUCAGGGCUCAGUGUUUUGCCCAAGGACACUUCAAAACUUGGGCAUGAAGACCAGUAGGUUGGUGACCGAACCACCAACCUACUGGUAAGUGGACGACCCGCUCCACCCCCUGACCCACAAAAUCUAAAUAUAGAAAAGAGGAGAUGGUUAAAUGAUGAUUAAAGUCAAAAUUCUCAUGAGGAAACUUAUUGUUUUUUUAGUGUCUUACGUAAAACGAAGUUCUGUUGUAACUUUCUCACAUAUGUAAGUCAUUUUAAAACGUUUAUUAUCCCUUCUGCUUGUUUCCUAUUGGUCUGUUCUGAGAGCAGAAUGUUUUUGUUCUAUAUUCAACUGUAAAAAGAAAAUAUCUAAACUGUUGGUUUAACCACACCAAAGAUGUAUUAAACACAGACGCUUCAUGUACA